UGGUCACACUGAUCUGUAGUUAUUCUAUCGCCAUUUUCUUUGUCGCUUUGUCGAGCCGUGUGGGGUAUUCUCUAAUUCUGUGAUCAAAAAAAGUUGUUAAUAAGCGUUGAAAAUGGAGAUGUCACUAAAUCCCGUGCGCGUUCUCAAGCAUGAGGCGCAAGAGGAGAAAGCCGAAAUGGCGCGUUUGUCAUCAUUCAUUGGGGCAAUUGCCAUCGGUGAUCUGGUGAAGAGCACACUGGGACCCAAGGGUAUGGACAAAAUCUUGGUUGCCACCGGUCGCAAUGCUGGCCAGGUGGAGGUCACCAAUGAUGGUGCAACCAUAUUGCGUGCCGUUGGUGUUGAUAAUCCAGCUGCAAAGAUUCUGGUCGAUAUGUCGCGUGUCCAAGAUGAGGAGGUUGGCGAUGGCACCACAUCCGUGACGGUCUUGGCAUCUGAAUUGUUGCGUGAAGCCGAAAAGCUGGUGGAACAAAAACUGCAUCCACAGAUCAUUGUCACCGGCUGGCGUUUGGCCACCCAAGUGGCCCUCGAUGCCCUGACACAGGCGGCUCAGGACAACUCGACGAACAGUGAGAAGUUCAAGAACGACUUGCUGAACAUUGCACGCACCACAUUGUCAUCGAAGAUUCUGCACCAGCACAAGGAUUUCUUCGCCAAUCUGGCUGUGGAUGCUGUGUUGCGUCUGAAGGGUUCCGGCGAACUCAAGUCCAUACAGAUUAUCAAAAAGUCCGGCGGCACAUUGGGUGAUUCGUUCCUCGACGAAGGCUUUCUGCUGGACAAGAAGCCAGGUGUCCAUCAGCCACAGCGCAUUGAAAAUGCAAAGAUCCUUAUUGCCAACACACCCAUGGACACGGACAAAAUCAAAGUAUUUGGCAGCCGCAUCAAGGUCGAUUCUUUGGCCAAGAUUGCCGAUCUGGAGAUGGCUGAAAAGGAAAAGAUGAAGGAGAAGGUCGACAAGAUCUUGUCGCACAAUUGCAAUGUCUUCAUCAAUCGCCAGCUUAUCUACAAUUACCCAGAGCAGUUGUUCGCCGAUGCCCAGGUGAUGUCCAUUGAGCAUGCUGAUUUCGAUGGUAUCGAACGUUUGGCCUAUUGCACUGGUGGCGAAAUUGUCUCCACUUUCGAGAAUCCCGCUCUGGUCAAGCUGGGCGAAUGCAAGCUCAUCGAACAGGUGAUGAUUGGCGAGGAUACGCUGUUGCGUUUCAGCGGUGUCAAAUUGGGCGAAGCCUGCACCAUUGUCAUUCGCGGUGCCACGCAACAGAUUCUCGAUGAAGCGGAUCGUUCGCUGCACGAUGCCCUCUGUGUGUUGGCUGCCACGGUCAAGGAGUCACGCAUCAUUUAUGGUGGCGGCUGCUCCGAGGCUCUGAUGGCCAAUGCUGUGUUCAAAAAGGCCGCCGAGACUCCUGGCAAGGAAGCCAUUGCCAUUGAGGCCUUUGCACGUGCUCUGUUGUCACUGCCUACGGCUAUUGCUGAUAAUGCUGGUUUCGAUUCGGCACAACUGGUCUCUGAACUGCGCGCUGGACAUGCUCAGGGCAAGCAUCAGUUGGGUUUCGAUAUGGAGAAGGGCAAGGUUGCCGAUGUGCGCGAACUGGGCAUCACUGAAUCGUUUGCUGUGAAGCGUCAGGUGCUCAUGUCUGCAUCGGAGGCAGCCGAAAUGAUUCUGCGUGUCGAUGAUAUUAUCAAGUGUGCGCCGCGUCGUCGUGUUCCCGAUAGGGGCUAUUGUUAAACAUCGAUUCAUCUUAAGUAUUUUUUUUGUCUAGGAUUUUUUUUAUUAAAAACCUUACACACACAACUCUCGUUUAACAUCAUCGCUAAUUUUAUGAUCUGUCUUAAACUUAUAACUACACACACACACACAUAUACACGAACAACCUCCACGCAAGAUGCACACACACACACACAGCCUAACUUGCAUUCUUCAAAAUUUGUUUGUGACCAUUUCAAAAACUAUUUUUGUUAAAAUCAAAGAAAAUCGUAAACUCAUUGUUGCGCAAGCUCAGCUUAAAAACACUAAAGAGAACAAAAAAACAA